UGUCGUUAUCAGAAUGAUUCGCUUAACGCAAAAACAGUUGCCAAUGUGAAUGAAUGACUAGAUUGUAGAUACGAGUACUCAACAUAAUGUCACUAUAAAUGUCAGACACAUCAACAAAUCGAGUUAGUUGAACUAUAGCUUGGCUUCUACAAAAACUAAGAACUGCGCUUAAAAGAUAAUAAUUUGAAACAAUUUAAGAAAAGAAAAUAGAAAAAAAAGAAAGAAUGCAGCGUUCUUUUAUUUUGAUCCUGAUUCUGCUGCUGAUCAGCUUUAUUUGUAUAGUGCCGAUGCGACUGGAAGAAUGGGACGAAAAUGAAUUGCGUUGGAAAUUUAUCUAUAAAGCUGUUUGCCAGAAGAGGCCCAAGUAUGGCAAGUGCAAAGGUCAUCGCGAAAUGUGGUACUUUGACAUGUCUCGCAUGAAGUGCAAUCAGUUCACCUAUUCAAAUUGCGGCGGGAAUACGAAUCGUUUCUUUACCAAAACCGAAUGCGAUGAAUUUUGCACCUCAAGAUCUAAAGAUUGGAUGAAACGAAAGCAAUAACCAAUUUAAUCAUAACAGACAUAACCAAGUCAAUUGAAAUUUUUAUUUAUUUAUUUCUAUUUAAUGCCAACCAAA